AUGGCAAAACAACUCCAAACUCUCUUCCUAAUCCUCUCAAUCUCCUACCUCUUCUCGUCGGAUCUCACGGCGGCCACCGCAGCCUCACCUGCCGGAGUUUCCAAGAAAGCGGUAAACUUCAUCCAAUCCUCUUGCAAAGCCACCACAUACCCAGCCGUGUGCCUCAACUCUCUUUCCGCCUACGCAAACGCCAUCCAAACAAGCCCUAAACGCUUAGCCGAGACCGCUCUAGCCGUUACCCUGAGCAAAGCACAGUCCACCAAGCUCUUCGUCUCGCGCCUCACACGUUUCAAGGGCCUUAAGAAGCGAGAGGUCGAAGCCAUCCAUGAUUGUGCAGAGGAGAUGAACGAUACCAUUGACCGUUUGAACAAGUCGAUCCAAGAGAUGAAACUAUGUGGGAGUGCCAAGAACCAAGACGAGUUUUCGUUCCACAUGAGUAAUGCGCAGACUUGGACUAGUGCGGCUUUGACCGACGAGAACACUUGCUCCGAUGGGUUCUCGGGUCGGUUCAUGGAUGGGCGGAUCAAGAACUCUGUUCGUGCUAGAAUCGUCAACGUGGGCCAGGAAACCAGCAACGCCUUGUCGUUGAUUAAUGCCUUUGCUAAAAAGUAUUAG